GAUGCACCCGAACCUGACCAAAGGCUUUGGUAUGAUCGGACCCAAGGAUUUCUUCCCCCUCCUGGACUUUGCCUUCAUGCCCAACAACUCACUGCUGCCCAGCCUGCAGGAGCAGCUGCGGCGGCUCUACCCUCGCCUCAAGGUGCUGGCGUUCGGCGCGAAGCCAGAGACCUCGCUGCACACCUACUUCCCCUCCUUCCUCUCCCGAGCUACGCCGAGCUGCCCUCCCACCAUGAAAAAAGAGCUCCUGACCUCCAUGAGCCAGUGUCUGAGCCUGGACCCCCUGAGCUUCAGCGUCUGGCGACAGCUCUACACCAAGCACCUCUCUCAGUCCAGUUUGCUCCUGAACCAUCUGCUGGAGUCCUGGGACAGCAGCAGCAAGAAGGUGCGUCAGUCGCUGCAGGAAACGGUUCGCUCGUUCAAAGUAACGAACGAGGAGCUGGCGGCAAGAGGCCCCAACAGCGACCAGGACGUGGCCGCCUGCAAUGCUGCCUGCAAGGAGCUGCUGCGCAAGAUGAAGGGCCGAGGCGUCCCCUGGUUGCGGCUGCUGCUCGUCCUCCUUGUCUUCGCCGCUGGCUUCCUCCUGCACGACGUCCGGACACACGGCUCUUUCCAGGCUGUUUCUUCUGCUGCCCUGCUUCAUUCGUCGGGCGUCCUGCCGGCCGCGCAGCAAGCCUGGCAGAAGGUCUCCCACUGCUGCCUCGAAGGGUACAGGUCAGUGGCCCCAGUGCUGGCAGCAGCGUGCGUGUCUGGAGCCUCCUUCACGGGUAACCAGGACACCAGGCUCCUCAGGCUCCAGUCCCGGGUCCCGGAGUCCCUGCUGCACUUCGCCCAGUGCGUCAGAGAGCUGCUGCUCUUCUGGGUGCAAAGCUCCCUCCUGCCGCUGCUGGAGUGCGUGGCCGCCGCGCUGGAGCGGGGCUGGAAGCACUGCCUGGACUCCUGCAA